AUCCUACUCAUACCCCAAUCCCACAAACCACACCCUCAAACCACACCCUCAAACCACACCCUCAAACCACACCAACAUCAUCACCAGGACCUAACUCCCCAUACUACCCCAAAGAACAACCCAAUUGGGUAUCCCCUCACCCAAACAUGGCCCCCCAAUCCCUCCAACAAAUCCUCCUCUCCCCCGCCGAGCUCUCCUACCUCCACACAUCCCUCUCUUCCAACCCGCCAAUCCGUCCCGACGGCCGGACUGCAACACAAUUCCGGCCUUUGAUCGCGGAAAGCGAUAUCUUGCCUGGUACGAAUGGGAGUGCGAGGAUUUGUUUCGCGGAUGGGACGGAGGCGGUGGUGGGUGUGAAGGCGGAGGUGGAGAGGAGUAGUGGGAUUUCUCGAGAUGUCGAUGGGGAAGGGGAAGGGGAAGAAGGGGUGAAGAAGGGGAGAAAUGAGUGGGUGGAGAUUAGUGUUGAUAUCCCAGGUGAGCGGGACGAUGAUUCGAAUCCGAUUUUCCUGGCGGCGGUUUUGAGUGAGGCUCUACUCGCGGAUGGGGAGUUUGUGGAGAGGUUGUGGAUUAAUAGACAUUUUCACUGGCGUCUAUACCUAGAUGUUCGUAUUGCUCCUUCCAUUUUCCCCCCAAAUCCUUCUUGAUUUAAACUGAUCUCUUCAAACAGGUUCUCCUCCUCUCCCCACCACUAUCCUACCCCCUCCCCCUCCUAUCCCUAACCACCCACCUCGCCCUCCUCACCACCCGCCUCCCAAAACUCCUCUCCGAAAAAGACGAAGACCCCCUCUUCUCCGACGACUGGGACGCCAGCGAACCGCUCUAUCACCCCCCACACACCAGCCAUCCCCCCAUAACCCUCCUCGUCAUGGCCGUGCAAGAAACCAUCAUCUUCGAUCCCUCAAAAGAAGAACUCGCCGUCGCCGACGCCGUUCUAGCCGUCUCCCUCUCCGAAUCUCCCACCUCAAAUUCUUCAUCGCAGGAUACAGAGAUGGAGAUGGAUGUCGAGGGGGGCAAGAAGAGGAAUUUGAGGUUGUUGGCUGUGAGGACUAUUGAUCCGCCGAGUCGGUUGACGCAUAAGGGGUUAGCCAAUAAGGUGAAUACUGCGACGGGGGGGACGGCGCAGAAGAACUUGGAGGAUGGGGGUGGGGAUGGGGAAGAGGGAGUUUGGUGUCCGCCGAGGGGGGGCGCGAAGAGGGGGUUGAUUAAGGAGAUGAUUGGGAGGGUGUUGGAGAGGGGGGGUGUGGGGGAGGAGGUUUUGGAUGGGUUGUGUGGUGCUGAGUUGUGA